GACGGAACGAAGGCCAAUAUGGCGACCGGGAGGGUUUCGCGGUCGAGUUGUUUACCCGAAAUAUUUGAACUCGUUUCGGCUUGUAGGGCUUAAAAAUCAAGCCUUUCGCCGUAUGAACAAAUAGACCAUAUAUUAAACUACCGUUUUGAAUAUGUCUGACGAACACAGCCUCAGUAUAACCGACGAAGAUGAAGACGAAACUGGAGCCGCUCAGGCGAAAGAGCGACUUGUCGAAAAGGAGGGCUAUUUAUCGAAGUGGACUAACUACAUCCACGGCUGGCAGGACAGAUAUGUCGUUUUACAAAAUGGCACUAUUGCUUACUUCAAAUGUGAGUCGGACAGGGAGCUAGGCUGCCGUGGUUCGCUAAGUCUGGGAAAAGCUUUCAUCGAGGUUCGUAUCAAAAUAUUUGUACUUCAAUACGUCUGAGACGAAUAAUUAAUGUGCGUGAAAUAUUUUCUAUUUGCUUUGCGAGCCGUGUAUUUGCUAUUUGUAAGUGUAUGUGUGGCGUUAUAUUUUGUUAAAACGUAUUCUUAGUGAAACAUUUUCAGUGUUUUUGUUUAUAGGAAAUAUGCAGACAAGGUCGCAAGUAGACAAAAAGUUUUAGAAAGUUGCAAAUAUACAUGACAAACAGAACAAUUUAAUACCCAGCUUGAUAUUGCAACUGAUAGUGUCCCUAAUUCUCUUGUGUUGAGGCAUUAAAAGUUAUUUAGAAUCAAAAUAGUCUUUGUUUAUUUAACCUGUUGAUAUUUUUUAUCGUUGUUAUAGCAUAAUUUUAUAACUCCUAUAGAAAUUUGAGGGGGCAAGUUCGUCCCAUGUAUAAAUUGGCCUAUAUGUGCCAAGCAGGAAAUGAAGUUAUAAGAUACUCUCACCUUUACAAAAAAAUCAGAUCCUUGAUGGAAAGUUUAAGCCAGUUUUACAGACGAGCACGAUCUUUAUGACAAGUUUUAAAUAUUCGCUUGUCUGUAUAAGGCAACUUUGCCAAUUUUUACUGCAACAGGUACACUCGUUCAAAAGCUAGCAUACUAGAAAAUUUGGCAAAGUAAUCUGAACGAUCUAUUGUUGUAAUAUCGAUAAUAAUAGCCAUCGUAGCAAUCGGAAAACCAAAAAUUUGUCAUGGAAACUUUGGUGUACAUACACACAUGCAUUUAACUAAGAAUACUUGCCAUAUUAACUUGCCCAUCUGAAACUUACUUUAGAAAUUGCACACCAAAGAUUUCAAUUUAAUGUAGAGAUGGGUACGAAACAUUGUUUUGAUUUUGUGCCUCUAAAUGCACAUGAGUUUGCCUGCCAGUGUGUGUACUGCUAUUUUGAAUUGCCUUAGCAUGCUUGAGUUGUGCUGUUAUGUCUCAAGACUACUCAAAAUUAUACAUGUCUGCACAUACUGGCAGGUGAAUUUACAUAAAAUUUGUAGACAAAGUUUACCCAUCUAUAAUAAGUGGUCGUGUCCAUAUUUGAGUUUCCAUGAAAGACGUCAACGUCAAAUUGACGUUUAGCUGGAUAGUGUCGAAACUAUUAGCCGUAAGGUAUGCCACGCUUGACGUUUUCAAGGCUGGGUCAGUUUAGAUAAAGAUGUGAAUUUGACAUUUUGCAUGGCAGCUAAUUAAAUAUAGGGGUGCACCAGAACCAAUUUUUAAAGUUCCGGCUGGGUCUAGUUCUGGCCCGAACCAAUUUAUUAAGCCAUAUAUAGUCGUAUGUUACUUUAUCUGCUGCCAGACAGACAGACACUUCAAGUCAUCAAGAAUAGAGCUCUCAAGUGUUAGAAUAAAAAGAUUGACAAAUGUUAAACAUCAUAAUGAAGUGUAUAUUAAUUAUAUGUUACAGGUAAACUACAAGUACAUGAAGCGUUCCUCUUUUGACUUCCUAACUCAUUUGGAAUUUUCGUUAUUAGCUUUGCAAAUUUGAAAAACUCUUUGCAAACCCUUGAGGGAAUUUGCAAUGUUCCUAUCGUCUGUUGCAAUAUUCCAAUGCAAAAAACUUUGUUUUAAAUAUUCCUAACUUCCUGUUUUAAUUUCCUGACUUCCUGUUCUGUUCUGAGCGUUGUUAUUGGUUGAUUAUUUUUGUUAGCCAAUUGCAACGCACAGAACAGAACAGAACAGAACAGGAAGUUAGAAACUUGUAUUACGAAAGUCACCGAACUGUGGAAUCGCAUCAAAAAUUCGUAUAUCGACCACUCCCACAAACGUCUACGACCACGCCUACAUUCGACUACAUAGUUUUGCAUGUUUACAAUUCUAAUUUUGAACAGCCAAUCAGGUUCUUGGUAAUUGGCUGUUUAAAAUUAGAAUUGUAAACGUGCAAAACUAUGUAGGUGCGGUCGUAGACGUUUGUGGGAGUGGUCGAUAUACGAAUUUUUGAUGCGAUUCCACAGUUCGGUGACUUUCGUAAUAACAGGAAGUUAAGAACUUCUAACAGGAACUGAGGAAAAUUUAAUUGCCUUUUAGCAACAUUGCAAAUUCCUUCAAGGGAUUUGCAAGGGAAUUUUUUAAAUUGCAAAGGUAAUGUGGAAAAUUGCAAUCAAAAGAGGAACGCUUGACGUAGUUUACCUGUAAUAGUGUACAUUUUCCUUGUGUAGUCGAAAUUUCUUCCUACUACUUUUGUUAGACACAAAAACGUUUGAUAUUCUAUCUCUCUGAAAAGGACAGAGUUUUGGUUCCGGCCAUGCUUUUUUUAUUAGUUCCGGCCGGAACCGAGUUCUGAUGCACCCCAAAUUAAAUAUGGAUAUGGCUCCUAACAAUACACAGAACAUCAACGUGCUUGCGCCUAACACAAACUUUCAUAUAUGUAAAAAGUUGGAUGGCAUUCGUAACGUGACAUUUUGUUGUUCUAGGCUAGCGAGUUUGACGAGUGUCGCUUUGAUGUCCGUGUUAACGAUUCUGUAUAUUAUUUACGGACUGCGGAACCAGAGGAAAGACGGUCUUGGAUUGAUACUUUGGAAGCUAUCAAAGUAAUGUUUUGUGUAACCUUUAUUACUUUUCCCCUUGAUUAGUGCAAAUUGUCGCUGAGGUCAUAAACCCUCCGGGGACGUGUCUUCCACUUUUUGGACAUUUGUUAUUUAAGCCCCGUUUACACUACGCUCAAUUUUUGGUAUGGCACAGAUAAAAUUGGUACCUGUACCACUUUUUUGGUUCUUGGACUACCUAUUUAGGUAGUCCAAGAACCAAAAAGUGAUACGGUUCCAAAAAUUGAGAGUAGUGUAAACGGGGCUUAGCUAAAUAGGUAGUCCAAGAACCAAAAAAGUGGUAUGGGUACCAAUUUUAUCUGUGCCGUACCAAAAAUUGAGCGUAGUGUAAACGGGCCUUUAAUCUCAGAUCGUUGGUGCAAAUGUAGAUUGAGACGAUAAGAAGCAAAUGUCCAAAAAGUGGGGGACACAUCCCCAUUUUACAUUAUUAUUCAGCUCACUACCCAUUGGGGCUUAUCAGUGACCUAUUUCAUCAAGUAUUACGCUUACUUAUGUUACUUACUUUGCCUAGACUAUUUAUCUUUACAACAACUUUAGGAUAGUAAAGUAACACAGAAGAUCUAUUACGGCAAAAUAUUGUGGCAUAAUGGUUUAUUUUAUAUAAUGAUAUCUUCUAAAUUUAGUCAUCAUGAUUGCUUUCCUGCAGGCAUCUGACUCAGGUUAUGGAUCAGAAACAAGUCUUCGAAAAAAUGCCUCAAUGUUGUCCUUAUCGUCUGCGACAAGUCUGACGUUAUCAUCGACAUCAUCAUCAUCUUUUAAGGUAGAGGAAUUUAUCUUCAGUUGGGUUUUAGAUUGACCCUAGCUCAUAGAUGGAUUUCGGGGGGUAUUUUGCACCUUCUCAGAAUGUUUUCUGACACCCCCAGAAAUUUAAAUACUGUAAGACUAAAAACAAGGAUUUGGAACUAAAUAAGACAAAAAUUUUCAUUUUUCCUGGGAGUGACUGUGCCCCCAGACCCUGCCGCAGCUUUCUAGGCAGCACUACCCACCCCGUUCGCCAAUCCCCUAAUUUUCAGCACCCCCAGAGCAACAUCUGAAAAUCUGUCUAUGCCUCAGCUAAUUUGGCCAUACCCCUCAAAUUUAAGGUGGAAUAAUUUAGAAUUGACGAUGGAUUAUCGUGUUGCAUUUCAUUGCAGAAAGGUCGCAGUCUUCGUGAGAAAUUGAUGGAGAUGGAGACGUUUCGGGAUAUUCUUUGUCGUCAAGUGGAUACGCUACAGACGUACUUUGAUGGUUGCGCAGAGAAUGAAGGAAGUUCAAUACAUGAUCAUGAUGAUCUGAGAAUGAACGAUGAUAUGUUUGAAGAUGAUCAACUAGGUAUCUACAUAAUUUUUCAUUGGAGAGGGGGGGGGGGGAGAUUCGUUUGAAAGCUGGAGGGAAAUUUUGACAAUUGUUACAGAUUCUUUACAAAUUAAAUUAGCACUCAUGUAAACCCAAAAUAUUUCAAAUAGAGCAAAGAAAUUUAAAACGAAAAACAUUUGACUUAAGUUUACUGUUUUGAGAGCUGAGAUGCUUGAUUUGCAAGCGGUACAAAAAAGUAACGGCGUUUGUGUUGACAUGAAGCCGCCAAGCGCUCUGUUUCAAUCUCACUCUGUUUAGAAACCAUGCUUUUUGUUAUACGGCAAAAGUGAUGUUUUCAAAUGAUUUUGCUCCGGCAUAAGUGUGAAUGCGAUAUGUGAUUCGGAACACAAAGUUUGCAUGCAUUUUACUCGUAGACUAAAAUGUUUGAGAAGGAAAUGAUAAUAUUUUCAUAGUUAGUUCAUCAAGUAGGAUUGAAAUAGCCAAUAAAAAUUUUCGUUGCCAUUGUCCUUUAAUCAAAAAAUAAAACAUUGUAUUCACGAAGGUAUGUGGCAAGUUUUACAUUCUCAACUUGGAGGUUUUUAAUUGUCGGUAUAAUAUAUCAUUUAUAUUUUAUAGACCUUCCACUCGGGGGAUUCGGCGAAAUAUUACCGUCAGUGAUGAUAUUUCCCUCCGGGCUAAAUAUCACCACUUCGGGUAAUAUUUCGCCGAAUCCCCCUCGCUCCACGUCUAUGAGUGAUAAAUGUAUAUACACAAAAAAGAGGCUCUAUGACCAAAGUGACCUGUACGUUCCGGAAAGGCGUAUUCUGAAAAAACAAAAUUUUACCUUAUUCAGUUGACCAUGACGCUGAUGACGAAAUGGACGAAUUAUCCUCCACCCCGACUCCCGCAAGUCUCAUGAAGAAACGGUCCAUGUCGGAGAGUAGCCCAGUCAAGAUGCCAAAUAAAUACGCAAUUGACUUCAAGGGCGAAGCAAUUACGUUUAAGGCGACCACGUCAGGAAUCCUGGCGACCAUGUCACAUUGCAUUGAUCUUUUGAGCAAGAAGGAAGAACAUUGGAAACGAAAAUAUGAAAAGGUUGGAAAAUAUAUAUAUGUAUAUAUAUAUAUGUAUAUACAGGGUGUAUCAAAAAAAACUGAACAGAUUUGAAAUUGCUCUCAAUUUCGCAAAACACCUAUUUGCAUCCGGUUUUUUAUAUAUAUAGCUUCUUUGGGUACUUAUAAUGUAGAAUAAUGAAAAAAAUUUCUCAAACUCAAAUUUUGUGAACCAGGGGGGGGUGUGUCUUUUCCAACAAACUAAAAAUGCCUCGCGCACAAAAGUUAAAAGAUGUAAUCAUAUUUUGAGUUUAUAGAUGGAAACUUUGUCGGGUUUUUAAUUACUGUACAAAAUUUCAGACAAUUUGGUUUAGUUUAAGCCCUUUAACUGUUUAUUUUAUUCUAAAAAAUCAGCUUUUCGCAUGCUUAAUUAAUAGCCUUUACCUAAUUUGCAUAUUGCUGACAUAUGCAAAUUAGGCAAAUGCAUUAAUUAAGCAUGCGAAAAGCUGAUUUUUAGGAAAAAUGUAACUUUGCGUGAAUAGUUAAAGGGCUUAAACUAAAUCAAAUUGUCUGAAAUUUUGUACAGUAAUUAAAAACCCGACAAAGUUUCCAUCUAUUAACUCAAAAUAUGAUUACAACUUUUAAAUUUUGUGCGCGAGCCAUUUUUAAUUUGUUGGAAAAGACACCCCCCCCUGGUUCACAAAAUUUGAGUUCAAGAAAUUUUUUUCAUUAUUCUACAUUAUAAGUACCCAAAGAAGCUAUAUAUAUAAAAACCCGGAUACAAAUAGGUGUUUUGCGAAAUUGAGAGCAAUUUCAAAUCUGUUCAGUUUUUUCUGAUACACCCUGUAUAUAUAUAUAUAUAUAUAUAUAUAUCUCUCUCUAUAUAUAUAUAUAUCUCUCUCUAUAUAUAUAUAUAUCUCUCUCUCUAUAUAUAUAUAUAUAUAUAUAUAUAUAUAUAUAUAUAUAUAUAUAUAUAUAUAUAUAUAUAUAUAUAUAUAUAUAUAUAUAUAUAUAUAUAUAUAUCCCCUUCAACUCUUAUUCUAUCGAAUGAAAUGCCAACAAAAUCUUGAUAUCUACCCAUAACCUAAACAUGGCAGUACCCUAGUAUACAGCGGUCAGCCAAUUCAAAAAAGGUUGUCUUUCGGAAACUCUAAACCUUAAUCUCUAAGCGCGCAAAGCUUAACGGGAGCACAAGUUUCAAGCUUAGUAGUUGAAUAUUGCAGCUACAUAUUUGCGAAUGAAUUGUUUUUGCAAGGAGAUAUUUACCAUGUCUCUAAGAAAUGGGACCCACAUAUGAUUUCUAAACUGAUUAAAUGACCUCCCAUUGUGCGCUUAGAAUUUAAGGUUUAGAGUUUAAGGUUUGCAAAGGACAACCUUUUUAACUAGCUGUAUAUACAGUACAUGAACUUGUGGUUAGAGCUUGCCAACUGGCCUCUGUAGCUCAUAUAACUAUAAAAUUUAAUUUUACAAGCUUUGUCACAACAAGAAUACAUCAUGACAAAUAACAAUCAUUACACAGAAAAAAACAUUACAAUUGUGACAGGAAAUCACAACAGCUUCAGGCCAAUUACUAUCAUAUCACGUAGUAAAACAGUUGUAAAUUAUUAAAUAGAGCAAAUCUUUCCACCUUGUAUAAUAGACAACUACAAGACAUAGCAAUUCUAAUGUUCAAGGUGAAAAACAAUAUAAGUCCACUUUAUGUUAACAGUAUUUUCGAGACAGUUGACAAGGGCUAUGGCUUACGUAAUGCAGACUUCCAUAGACCCCGUUUUAAUACUGUGCAAUAUGGCAAACAUGCACUUAGAUACUUUGGACCGUAUAUAUGGUCCACUUUGAGCCAAGCAGAGCUUCAUCUUUAGAAAGUUUUAAGAAUGCUAUUUGAAAGACAAAUCUGCAAGAUUUAGUUGAAAACAGUUGUAAAAACUGUAAGAUAUGCCUGUCUUAAUGUUCUAGAUUCUCUUCUUAGAAGUUAUAGAUUUUAGACUCCAUUUUUAUAAACUCUCAAAUAAAUAUAUAAUAUAGUAUAUAAUCUAAGAACAUAGAUAGAUAGUAAGUUUAAAUAGUUAGGACAAGUGUCCCCAAUUAGUUUGUAAGAGCUACACACAUUGACACUUCUAAUAAAGUUUAAUAAUAAUAAUAGAUAUAGCUCUGUAGCACUAAUACACCUAAAUUCAAAUUAUUUAGUUUAAACCCUGCAAAUCACGGCAGCGUAUUGCAGAAUACAACUUGUACUGGAAAUACUGUAUCUAUAAAAACUUAAAACGUUUCAUUAUAAUUGCAUAAUUUCUAAUUACAGUAGUAAAACGUUCGUAGAAUUAAUUUAUACGAAAGAAAAGUGAAAUUGGAAUUUGUGUUCAAUUGACGUUCAGGAGGUUGAAAAACGCAAGAAAAUUGAGGAACAAUGCAAGAAGGCUUUACUCAAUGCCAAGAAGAAGUCGUUUGUUAGUGGACCUGACUUUGUGGUAUGUAUAUACGCAGUAUUUCCUCAGUUUUAUUGUAACACAAGCAACGUCAAAAGAUCUAGUGUGGUUUUGCAAUAAAUAGGGGAAAAUAACAAAAUUGUCAUUUGUGAUUGUCUUAUGAUGUUGUCGUGUUGCAAGAUAAAUCCUGAAGUAAUCAUAGAAGUUACAGUCUUACAUGAUUAAAAACAAAUUUCAUACUGCAGGCUAUAUAUGAAUAGUUUUGAUGAAACUGUUCCACUAUAAUUUAGGUAUCGCGUUAGUAGAUUAAUUAGGUAUUCAACAUUUCAAUAACAAGGUAUUUAGGCAAUUAUUCUUAGGCAAUUAUUUAGGUAAUUAUUUAAUCAGUCUAAUUUUAGAAUUUCGAAUGUCUGAAAAUUUCUGCAAAACUCUAUAGAUCUUAAAAAAUGUGUAGAAACUAGGUUCCGAUUUUGAGGCUUGAAUGUUUUUAUACUAUUAUAGUUCUUUGUGCUUAUAACAAAAAAUGUAUUAUUACAAUUUCCAGGAAGGCCCACAUAUGAUGCUGAAUGAAGAAGAGUUUUAUGAUGCUGUUGAAACUGCUUUGGACCAACACGAUGAAGAAGAUGGUGCCAAUGAUGACCUGGUAACGAUUAAGUUGAAUUUUACUUGAUUACUUUCAGGGGCGGAUCUAGCUUCAUCUGCAAGGAGGGGUGCAGGUUUUCCAUGGUGCAUGAGGGAGCCUUACUGUGCACUCUCCUCUGCAGUCUGCAACGCUACUACUAUCCCUAUUUGAGAUGGCCGAAUCUGCAUGUUCACCGUUCUGUUACGUUUUACAUUUAUCUUUUGUUUAUAAAGUUUAUAUCAGCUUUUUAUCACGUAUGCGUGACUGGGCAGUUGCUGUAACACAGUACACUAAAUUUGCUUGUUAAAGUAUAGUAUAUGGUUGAAUAUGUUUACACAUUUAACCAUGAUAUUUAACUAAAGCAUUCUAAGUAUUUUCUCAUGAGCUCGAGCGAAACGCGCUAACAGUAGAAGUUACGCUAAUCGUUGUUCAAAAAGUAGAAAAUGUAUGGUCAAGCAGAUUUUUUUGUGUGGUGCCGAACUUCUCUUGGGGGGGGGGGAGGAGGGUGUUCUAGACACCGCUAGGUGUGGUGGGCACCCCCCUGCGCCCCCACGAUAGAUCCACCCCUGAUUACUUUUACAAUUUUACAAUCGUGUGUAAUUCAUUGUAUCAAAUAGUUUAAAUUCUUGCAUCUUCCGCAGGAUAUUCGUGGUUGCGAAAUGAUAGAGAAAGAAGGCUCGGAAGAGGCACAUCGCUUCUCCAAAGAGGUCUGUUAUCUGUUUGAAUGUAGUUCGUUUGAAAUAUGUUUGUUGACAAUAUGCUUACAAAUAGGUGCAAACGUGAAAAUAAUGUUGGUAUGAAAUCUUUCGUCAAGGUUGAUUCCCAUAUAUAUGACAGUCUUCAAUAUAUUCAAGAAGAUGUGGAUGGUAAUUGGACUUUGGUAUAUGAAGAUGGAGAAAUGAAGGUACCUGCCUCGGCUGUCUGUCCGAAAUUAAUUAUAUAUAGGAUUAGCGCAUACGGUCUUUAAUUCUCUGUUCUAAAUUAUUGUUUGCGCAUACCCUAGAGAAUGACUAAUACAAUUAGGGACCUGUCAUUAUUUAUGGCUGGAGGUGGCACCAAAGAGAAAAGGGUUGGGUAAACAAAAUUGUGAGUGAGUAAAAGGUUGGGUAAAUGAAAAACAACAAUUCAGGGGUUGGGUAAUAAACGUUUAUUGUCAUUUCCAAAGCAUGACUCAUUCAAAUAUUGAGGACUAAAAAGCAAUGUCAACUGUCAAUACAAUAUGUACUGUAAAUCAAUCAAUCAAUCAGAGUCACCAUCCGAUUUAUCAGGAGGCAAAUGGUGUCUCCAAAGAAAGUAUAUGUGCAGACAACAUCUCAAACUUUAGACUGAAAAUUGCACAAGCAGUUAUCAAACUAUGUCACAGAAGUGGUAAAGGAAAUGUGUGACAAUUGAACGGUAUUGAACCAGCUUCUGACCAAGGAUGGGUAUUUAUUUUUUACUUGAUAUUUGAGGUUGGCUACAAAAUGUUUUGACUUUUUUGUGACUGGAUCAGCAAAAAAUUUUUAACAAGAAAAACAUUUCUCUUCGGUACCACCCCGCCAUACUGUAAAUAAUGACCGCUCCCUUAUGGCAGUUUCUAUAACUGCAAAACUCGUGUAUUUCGAUUGUCAACCAUCUCUCAGCUCACUCGAACCAUUGUUACUUUUUCAGGUACAUCGCCGAGAUUAUGAGGAAGGUGGCGUGGUUAUUGACCCACUCAAAGCAACACAUACUGUACAGGUAGGUUUUUAAAUACGUGUAUGCUGUGAUUCUCAUCAUAAGGAAAUAAGGGAUAUGUAAAGUGUUCAGCUGUGCAUAUUUUUUUAUUUUAAUCUUAAUAAGGGAGUGACUGGCAGGGAAAUGGCUCACUAUUUCUUUGACAAAGACGUGCGAAUGGAUUGGGACAGUAAGUUAUCUUAUGAGUUGCUCAAAUGUAUUCAUUUUAACUACACACGCAGGAAUCUCGCACCUUGUAGCAAGUCCAACAAGUCGUCAACAAGUGUUCCCACUGCUUAUGUCGAGUUGUCAACAAGUUUGGAAUAAACUGUUAACAACUUGUAACAACCUUGUUGAUAUUAUCAGACUUGUUGCAAGGAUGUUCCAACAAAUCCGAUACAGUUAUGAUAUAACAAUAUUGUUACAAACUUGUAACAUUCUUGUUAUAUCAUGACUGUAUCAGACUUGUAAGAACAACCCUGUAACAAGCCUGAUAAUGCCAUCAAGCUUGUUACAAGGUUGUUGAGCUCAACAGACUUGUUACAAGUUGUUCCAAUUUGUCAACAAAUUGUGAGUUGUGAUUCAACAAUUUGUUAACAAGUUGUGAGUGACAACCUUGUAGCAACUUGAUGAAAUAACAGCAUUGUUACAACUUGUUGACAAGCUUGCUGCAAACCUGUUGCGAACACAUCUUGUUGACAAGUUGUGAGAUUUUUACGUGUGUAACAUAUAUCCCCUCAUGGCAUUGACCAUUGACCAUUCUCAUAUCCUAGGUACCCUGGAAACGUGCAAGGUGAUCGAGACAUUUUCCUCCAACACAAUGGUAUUUCAUCAACUGUACAAACGUGUCUGGCCGUCAUCACAGAGAGAAACUCUAUUUAUGUCACAUAUCCGUGAAAUCCCGAGUGCCGAUGUUUCUUUAGAACGCUUAGAAUACGAAGUAGGCAAUCCAUGGCUAUCAAUUAACUAUUCCAUUGAUCAUUCCGGCGUCCCGGUAAGUCUUCUGAUUCCUAAUAGUAUAGAUGAGUUUCAAUAAGGGAGCGGUCAUUAUUUAUGGCGGGGCGGGGCACCGAAGAGAAAAGCUUUUCUUGGUAAAAAUGUUGCUGAUCCAACUAUUAAAGUCAAAUUUUUUUACUUGAUCUGAAAUAUUAAUUAAGAAAUAAUACCCACCCCUGGCCAAAAACUUUACAAAAGGAUACCAUUCAUUUGUCACACAUGUCCUUUACCACUUCUGUGACAUGAGUUUGACAACUGCUUGUGCAAUUUUUUGCAAUCUAAAGUUUCACGUUGUCUGCACAUGCAGUACUUUCUUUGGAGACACCAUUUGUCUCCUAUCAAAUCGGAAAAUGAUCAAGAUAGUGACUCUGAUUGAUUUACAUAUUGUAUUAACAUAUGACUGUUGACAUUGCUUUUUAGUCUUCAAUAUUUGAGUGAGUCAUGCUUUGGAAAUGACAAUAAAUUUUUAUUACCCAACCCUUGAGUUGUUUUGUUUUUCAUUCACCCAACCUUUUACUCACUCAAAAUUUUGUUUACCCAACCCUUUUCUCUUCGGUGCCACCCCCCUCCCCCAUAAAUUAUGACCGCUCCCUAAGAUGCUGAAAACGAGUAUCACAACGAAAUGUUACGUGUACAUUAUCUUUAAAGGUAAACAAAUAUGUACGUGCUACAUGUGAUGUGGCGUUCUUCUGUCAGACAACCAUCGCACCUCGAACUGAAGGAGAAGCUCUCACAAGAGAUCACAUUUCGUGUAAAAUUACCUACAGUUGUACAGGUAUGACUUUAAAGAAUGGUUUACAUUAUCAAAGUUUCUGUGAUAGUAGGAAUUUUGAAUAUGCCGGAUGUCCCCAAAAAGCUGGACACUGUUUAAUUUCAUGUAACGUAAAAGCUAUAAAAACUACCGCAAUGAAAUAAAGAUCAUUGCAUUCAGAAAGGACUAUCUUAGAUUUUGAUAUAUAACACUUGAAUUUACAUGCAAUAUUGAGCGAGAAUAUAUACAACCAAAGUAAAAAUAUUUAUUACUUAACAAGUAUAACUACAUCGGUAAUUAUAAGGUUGUUUUAUGCUCAUUUUUGGCAUUUUUAAAAACAGUAGUUCAACGUUCAAACAUCAAUAGCGCAGUCAAUAUUGCAUGCAAAUUCAUUGUGCUAUAUAUCAAAAUCUAAGUUAGUCCUUUCUGAAUGCAAUGAUCUUUAUUUCAUUGCGAUAGCUUUUAUAGCUUUUACGUUACAUGAAAUCAAACAAUGUCCACUUUUUUUUGUGACACCCGGUAGGUAAAUUCUAAGUUUUGAAGGAUUUGUAAGAAAUGUUUGAGGGAAAUGGCUCAUGUGUUAACCACUGAUUCGGUAGUGUAUAAGAAUAUUUUCUCUUAUAUUCGACUUUUUUAUCUUUUGCAGUAAAUCCUGGCGGCUGGGCUCCGCCAUCCGUAGUCCGCGCUGUCUCGAAACGAGAAUGUCCCAAAUUUCUUCGCAAGAUUGGUAGCUUUUGCCAGACUGUUUUUAAAGAGAAAGAUAUCAUGUUAUAAUACAAUACGUCUUCUGCUACACAUUGUGUUCAAUUCCUACCUACAUUACACUACAUGAUCCGUCGUCCAAUCGAAAGAUAUAUAGCUGUCUAGUGUAUUUUCUAGAAAUUGGUGAAUCAUUUGAUUGUUUUGUUAAGUAUCCCACUAUUAAAUAGGUGAUUUUCAUAUCUGUGAAUAUGGGAAACAUAUAGAGGGACCAGUCGUUAUUUAUGGCGAAAAUGUUUUCCUUGAUAAAAAUUUUGCUAAAUCCAAGCAUUAAAAAUUCAAAAAAUUCCACCCAACCUCAAAUAUCAAUUAAAAAGUAAAUACACACCCCUGGCCAAAAAUAUAUGUCCUUUACUACUUCUGUGACAUGAGUUUUGAUAAAUAGCUUGUGCAAUUUUUUGCAGUCUAAAGUUUCAUGUUGUCUGCACAUAUACUUUCGGAAAAUGAUCAAGAUAGUGUCACAUAUUGUAUUGACAUAUGACUGUUGACAUUGCUUUUUAGUCUUCAAUAUUUGAGUGAGUCAUGCUUUGGAAAUGACAAUAAUUUCUUGAGUUGUUUUGUUUUUUCACUUACCCAACCUUUUACUCACGCAAAAUUUUGUUUACCCAACCCUUUUUUCUUCGGUGUCACACCCCCCUCCAUAAAUAAUGACCGGUCCCCCAGCGAAAUAAUAAAUACCAAAUUGUCAAUGCCUUGUUUCAUUUUGUAACCGAUAUAACACACUCUGUGAUUCUCUGUGAUUAGCAAAAAUUCAAUUGUAUAAAGCUCACAACAAACAAAAUAUAGAUAUAGAUGUUCAACGAUGAUAUACAUAAUUUUUCAAUAUUCUUCAUCCAACCAUAAUUGCAAUAACGACGCAACCAUUGGUUAAGCCUUGAAAACUAGACAAAGAAUGAAAUGGAUUUGAUUUAAUGAACACUCACUGUUACAUUAUAAUAAUCAAUUCUUUAUACGUAGCAAAGUUCAUUAAUUUACAAGAUUAAUAAAUUUGCAGAAAAUGAGUUACGAAGUGAUUAUUGUGAAUCAAUAUAGAAAAUGUCUUUGGAAUAAUGUUAGAAAUAUG